UACGGGUGGAUACUGACACAAUUGCGCGCAUUCCUCACCGAAAAGGUCGACCGGUUGAGAUCUUUUAAACGUUAUUAAAGUUGUUUUCAUAGGAAAAAACGGAAAAAAUGAUUGUGGGCUCCAAAAGUAUUUUCUUAGUGACUGUGAUAGCGGUGCUAUUCCAAUAUGGGGAGUGCACAAUAAGUGCAUGGGCAACGCCAGUUAUCGCAACUGCAGAUGGAGGAAAUGGCGCUCUUGCUACCAAGGUCGACGACGGGGCAACAAGUGCAACGGGAAUAACCAUUGCAGCAACGUCGGACGCUUCUAUUACGGCGUAUACAAAAGUGUCUCAGACCCCAAGCGAUGUGGUCUUUGCUAUCGCCAACACAGGAGUUCUGACCAUAUCUAGCGGGACAUUAACCUACUCUACUAACUCUGUUUACACACUGGUUAUAUCAGCUACAGACAGUGCUGGAACGGUCACUGCCACAGUCACGUUGUCGGUAAAUGACAAACCGGCUUUUGCAGCUACUAAUUACGGCAAAUGUAUUGCUGAUAAAGCGGCCGCCGGAACAACAUUGACCACUUUAACAGCCUCGGAUGCGGUGAACGGCGGAAGCUUAACAUAUUCUAUUGAUAGCGGAAACACAGAUACUGACUUCGAAAUCAACACUUCCGGUAGGAUCAAGACACUAAAUGCCAUGGAUGCCGCAACAGUUGGUGGAUACAAGCUCGUGCUCCACGCCGACGAUUCUUCGCUUACUGGAACAACAACGGUUUGGGUUCUUGUCGCAGACUGCAGCAGCGGUGCAGCAGCACUUCUCGCUGGCAUGAUGACUUUACUAAUGGCAAUAACAACAAUGGUCCUACACUAAUGCCCAAUAUUGACAGUAACGCGAUUUCUCUGUUCCUUGAUCGAUUGUGGUUAUUAUGUGUAUGUUUAAAGGAACUCCACUGAGGUCCAAAAAAUUGAAUUUCUAACAUUGAUCAACUGGGGCAUUUUAAACAGAAAGAUAUGCAAAAGAAAUACACUCAGUAAUAAAUCGAAAAUCGCAUUUGUGCGCUAUUUUAGCCCAAGUUCAGUAAAAAGCGUUGCAACGCUUUUAAAUUUUGGGUCAUUCUUCACAAUUAGAAUGAUUAUUCUGGAAGAACGGAGUGAGCUAAUGAUCCGAUUUUUUGCACACAAAUUAUAAGUCUAGAUCUUCAUCAAAUGGAACAUAAAUCUCGACAAAUUACGACAGUUCCUUCAUGUCUUAACACCUCAGUUGGGUCUUUUUAACACACAUAUACAUAUUAAUCUGCUGAAACUGAUUUAACUAUGGUUGAACUAAAAGGAAAAGAAGAAAUGACGUGUAGAUAGACUGUGACUAUUUUAAAGAAAAGUCGCAGACAUUUUAUUCUAUACCAAUGCGAUUUCUUUUCAUUUUAGUUCAAUCGUAUGUAAAAUGUAAAAGCCUGAUCCGGAUAGAAUAUUAUGUAAUAAAAAAUGUCAUUUUGUUUUUGCAUUUGACAUAAGAAUGCAUAUCAUUCUUGAUUAGUCUCGGGUUUUGGGGCGUAACGGCAGCUGGAUAGGAUCUAGUUGAGCGGGGGAUAUCGUUCACCUGUCUUUAAGGAGGGAAAUAUUUGUGUAGAUCUUUCAUGCUAGAAUCACCAUCAUCAUCAUCAAUGUUUCAUACAAGAAUAUUGCACGAAGUUCACGAGCGAACAAUUCGAACACUCACACAAUCACACAAUUACAUAAAAAGAAAUGAUAAACAAAAUUGCCUUGAAUCAGUUAAAAUACAGCAUGUAGUCACUUUUAUAUAUACAGUUAUACUACAUCUUGUUCACUAUACUUGGGGAGUUUUGCAGAUAUUGGGAAAAUGAUGCAACCGUGGUUAAAAGCUAAGAAUGGCCGGAGAAAACUACUUUCAAGAAAACUGUACACAAUGUUAUCUACCAAGAUUGUCCAAUAUAGCGCUGGGGUAAUAUUUGUCCGCCCGAGGGUUUGGGGCGGGGGUGAGGCAGACAGACAGAGAGAGGGAGUCAUUAAUAGUCAUGGCUUACUGUACUUCUUUUGCUGAUCAAUUCAUGAAAUGAAAUCACUUCAUUGAAAUAUUGAUCAGUAAACUUUUAUUUUUUUCAUUUUUGUACUUUCUUACAGUCCUAUAUAGAUUAAUUUAUCAAGCUUUUGUAGAUAUUAUUGUUGAUAUAAUCUACUGUAUUUAUAAUAUUAUAUACAAUGUAUAUAUAAGAGUCAUGCACAACUUUUAUAGGGGAAUGGCCCAUCCGUAAAAUGGCAUUUUGUUGUGAUAUAUAAAGAAUACGUUAUAAUACGGACAGAGCCGAAUGCAAACUCGGAGUACCUCAUCUUUCGGAUAAAUCCGAUUUCAAAAAAAAAAAAAUUAACAAUAACUGGCAUAAUGAAACUCGUGCUUUGCGGUGUACAAUUUACAUGAAUUUGUGGUAAGGAAUGCCCAUUUCAAUCAAGAAGAACUGUAAAGAAACGUCCUUUUUGUAUUAUAAACACUUUAUACUUUGAAAAUAUAUACAUGUAGUUUGCAAUAUGUUACAGAUUGUGCCUGUUGUUUCUAUACUAUUUUUAUUUUAUAUUUCUUUAAAUAAACCUUCAAGAAAA